GCAGGAAUCAGUGCAGGCAACGCCUCUUUGUGAGCUGAGGGCUGCAUGUGUCACCGUCCAUCAAACGCGCCGAUCCACAUCCCAAAGCAUCUUCCUAUAUACUGCAGCCCCGCUGCUCGGAACCUUAACUUUUAUUCUUCAACAACAAACAACAAGACAGAGAGGGGAAAAAAAAACAAACAAACAAAAGGAAGGGAAGGUUUGAAAUAUUUGAACACCUAAACUGGACAAGGACCUGUGCGAUUUCACUGUGUGUGACAGAGAGACUUCUACACUAUAAAAGAGAAACACUCGAAGAUGGAACGAGUUGAGUUGUUCAACAGGGGAGUCUAAAGGCAGACAUGGUGACAAUAGUGGACUUACUGACACAUGUGAGGAAUUUUACUGCACAGCCCCUGUCUGUUGGAUACACCGCAGACUUGGAAUCAGCUAGAGAGAAACUUGGCGUGAACAUGACUGCAUGGUGACCAGGACUGGGAACUGAAUAUUCAAGAAUAUUCGGAGUUUAGGACGGACAGACAAAGAGGAAGACGAGGUGGACCUGAGAAUACAAGUCCCAGCAAAGAGUCAAGAUGGUUGGUUGAAGACCUGCGAGGCCCAGGAAGAUUGUCGACCUGCUUGUUGCAGCUUUGCGCAGCCAAUCAUUUCCAUUACUGCGGAGUAAACACUAGUCAAGAAGCUGCAGGAUGAAAAGAUGGCGCUCCUGCUCGUACCGUCAGGUCCGCACUGCUUGCGUCGGUUCACUCGCGAAUCCCUGGCUGCUAUUGAGAGGCGGAUCGCUGAGGAACAGGCAAACAGCACGAGGAAAGAUCACAAAGAGGAGGGUGAGGAGGAAAAGCCCAGUCCUCACGUCGACCUGGAAGCAGGCAAGCAGCUGCCGCUCAUCUAUGGCGAUGUCCCAGCAGAGCUCAUUGGUCAGCCUUUGGAGGAUCUCGACUGCUUCUACAACAACAAGAAGACAUUUAUAGUCAUCAACAAAGGGAAGACCAUAUUCCGUUUCAGUGCCACGCCUGCAUUGUACCUGCUGACGCCUUUUCAUCAUGUUAGAAGGAUAGCUAUUAAAAUUUUAGUACAUUCAUUGUUCAAUAUAUUCAUUAUGUGCACUAUUUUGACCAAUUGUGUGUUCAUGACCAUGUCUGACCCUGCCCCAUGGACAAAGAAUGUUGAGUACACUUUCACUGGCAUUUACACUUUUGAAUCAAUGAUUAAAAUAUUGGCAAGAGGAUUCUGCAUUGAUGAGUUCACCUUCCUUCGAGAUCCGUGGAAUUGGUUGGAUUUCAGUGUUAUUUUAAUGGCGUACAUCACAUCGUUUGUACACCUAGGUAAUGUUUCAGCUCUUCGAACAUUCAGAGUAUUGAGAGCUUUGAAAACCAUUUCAGUAAUCCCAGGCUUAAAAACCAUUGUAGGUGCAUUGAUACAAUCCGUGAGGAAGCUCGCCGAUGUCAUGAUUCUGACUGUGUUCUGCUUAAGUGUCUUUGCACUCAUUGGUCUUCAGCUUUUCAUGGGGAACUUGCGUCAGAAAUGUGUGCGGGACUGGCGAAUAUUCGGCGAGACUAUGAUUAAUGAGACAGGGGAUUACUUCUGGCCCUGGAAUGAAUCAUUUGACGAAUUUAUUAACAACAAAGAAAACCAUUUGUAUCUUGAGGGCAAUAAGGAUGCCUUACUUUGCGGAAACAACACAGAUGCUGGGAAGUGCCCUGUGGGUUACACAUGUUUGAAAGCUGGCAGGAACCCGGAUUAUGACUACACCAGUUUUGAUAACUUCGGCUGGGCCUUUCUCUCUCUCUUUCGCCUGAUGACCCAGGACUUCUGGGAGAAUCUUUACCACCAGAUUCUGCGAUCCGCUGGGAAGGCGUACAUGCUGUUCUUCGUCUUUGUCAUCUUCCUUGGGUCCUUCUAUCUCAUUAACCUGAUUCUGGCUGUCGUCGCCAUGGCCUACGAUGAGCAAAACCAGGCCACCAUUGCAGAGAAAGCCCAGAAAGAGAAAGAAUUCCAGCAGAUGAUGGAACAGCUCCGGAAGCAGCAGGAACAGGCAGAACAGCAGUUGAGCAGACUGGGGAAUGAGACAUUGUCGAGAAGUUCCUCUGAGAGAUCGCAUUUAAGUUCAAGAUUUCGAAGCAUGAGGCCUCGGAAUGACAAAGAACUCGGGAAACUUCAUGAGGGAAUAGAUGAGGAAAACGAACUGAGGUCAGCAUCAGAAGAAGGCUUACCACGGAAGCCUCUCAUGACGCCCAUCCUGUCGAACCGCCACCCGCUCAGGCGGAGCAGCAUUUUCCGAUUCCGGACUCAUUCUGCCGAUGCCGCCAUGGAGAACAUCUUCUCGGACGACGAGGGCAGUGUCUUUGAUGACACCGAGAGCAUCAGGGGCUCCUUGUGCCUCCCCCAGCUGUACAGGACCAACAGCAACCAGAGUCAUGGGAGCCACCGCUCGGUGUUGGCGGCAGGCGGGCACUGUGGCGGGCGCAGGAAGCUGCACAGUGCCGUCGACCAGAAUGGUGUGGUGUCUGUGGUAGGAGGGCCCCCCAUCUCCCCAACCACGCUGCUCCUCCCUCAAGUGACUGUUGACAAGCCAAUUGCAGAAGACAAUCAGUCUUCCCCCUCGGAGAACGAAAUGAGUAAGAAGCACUUGCUGACGGAUCAUCGGGUCUCUGUGAGUUACCUGGAGGAGACGUACCAAAGGGAGCGGGCUGUCAGUGCAGCUAGUGUUCUCACCAAUACCAUGGAAGAACUUGAAGAAUCCCAUCUGAAGUAUCCCCGCUGUUGGUAUUACUUUUCCCAAACGUUUCUCAUCUGGAACUGCUGCCCAUUGUGGAUAAAAAUGAAGAAGAUAUUGAAAUAUAUCAUGAUGGAUCCUUUCCUGGACCUGGCGAUCACCAUCUGUAUUGUCUUGAACACUGUGUUCAUGGCCUUGGAGCACCGACCCAUGUCCGAGGAAUUUGAUAACAUGCUGUACGUUGGGAAUCUGGUCUUCACUGCCAUUUUCACAGCUGAGAUGGUCUUAAAAAUCCUUGCCUUGGAUCCUUACUACUACUUUCAGCAGGGUUGGAACAUAUUUGACAGCAUCAUUGUUUGCCUGAGCUUGGUUGAGCUGGGCCUAGCCAGAGUGGAUGGUCUGUCUGUGCUGCGAUCCUUCCGACUGCUCCGAGUCUUCAAGCUGGCAAAGUCAUGGCCUACCCUCAACACGCUAAUUAAGAUCAUUGGGAAUUCGAUGGGUGCGUUGGGAAACCUGACUCUCGUACUGGCCAUCAUUGUCUUCAUCUUUGCUGUGGUUGGAAUGCAGCUCUUCGGCAAAAGCUACACUGAAUGUGUUUGUAAAAUCUCCACCAAGUGUACCCUCCCACGUUGGCACAUGUCUGACUUCUUCCACUCGUUCCUCAUCGUGUUCCGUGUCCUGUGCGGUGAGUGGAUCGAGACCAUGUGGGAUUGUAUGGAGGUGGCCGGGCAGCCCCUGUGUAUCCUUGUCUUCAUGCUGGUCAUGGUCAUUGGGAACCUUGUGGUACUCAACCUCUUCCUUGCUUUGCUCCUGAGCUCCUUCAGCGCGGACAACCUCAGCUCUCCAGACGAGGAUGGCGAGAUGAACAAUCUCCAGAUCGCCUUUGCACGUAUCCAUCGCGGCAUCAGAUUCAUAAAGAAAGCCACCAUGGAAUUCUUCCAGAGGACCUGCAAGGGAGCCGAGCCCUCCUUGGAAGGGAAAGCCAUGAUGGAGCUCCCAACCUAUGUCUUCAAUCACACCAGCACUGAGAAAGGGAAAGAGCUGGAGUACAAGGACGGGAAUGGGACAGCUAGCGGUAUUGGGAAUAAUGGCAUGGCAGUAGGCAGGACCAACGAAUCCAUGGCCAAUGAUCCCACAAUGACUGAAGGCGUUCCCAUAGCAGUAAUUGAGCCGGAGUUAGAGUUCGUUGAAGAGGAGGAGCAAAGCACCUUCACAGAAGUGGCAGUCAAUGAAGAGAAGGCAGAUGACCUGACCAGCUGCUCUGAAGCAAGUACGGUGGACAUGAGAAGCAAAGGAGAUGAGGACGAGCACAUUUCAGAGCACACAGAGGAAGCUGUGGAACCAGACGAGUGCUUCACAGACGCUUGUGUUCGACGCUUCACCUGCUGUCAGGUGAACAUCUCGACAGGGUACGGGAAGGUCUGGUGGAACCUGAGGAAGACCUGCUACAAAAUUGUGGAGCACAACUGGUUCGAGACGUUCAUCAUCUUCAUGAUCCUGAUGAGCAGCGGAGCUCUGACAUUUGAAGACAUUAACAUUGAUAAGAAACCAGUGAUAAAGGUUGUGUUGGAGUAUCUGGACAAGGUGUUCACCUAUGUCUUUGUCCUGGAAAUGCUACUCAAGUGGGUCGCCUACGGAUUCAAGAGAUAUUUCACAAAUGCCUGGUGCUGGCUGGAUUUCCUUAUUGUGGCUAUUUCUGUUCUUUGCCUUUUGACAAAGACUCUUGGUUACGACCAGUUUGUUGCCAUGAAAUCUCUCAGGACCCUGAGGGCACUGAGGCCGCUUCGAGCCUUGUCCAGAUUUGAAGGCAUGAGGGUCUCUGUAGUCAGCCUAACGGCUAAUGCCCUGGGAUACGCUGAACUAGCUCCCAUAAAAUCUCUUCGGACACUCAGAGCUUUGAGACCAUUAAGAGCCUUGUCACGAUUUGAAGGGAUGAGGGUGGUAGUCAAUGCACUGGUUGGUGCCAUCCCAUCCAUCAUGAAUGUUUGCUUCGUCUGUCUCAUCUUCUGGCUCAUUUUUAGCAUUAUGGGAGUCAACCUCUUUGCAGGCAAAUUCUAUAAGUGCAAGAAUCUGACCAGUGGCGAGACAUUUCCCAUUGAUGUCGUCAACAACAAGACUGAAUGCAACAUGCUGAACAGCUCUGAUGUCCGAUGGCACAAUGAGAAGAUCAACUUUGACAACGUCAUGAUGGGCUACCUCGCUCUGUUGCAGGUGGCAACGUUUAAGGGCUGGACGAACAUUAUGUAUGCUGCCGUUGAUUCCCGAAAUAUUGGUGAGCAACCUGAUUAUGAGACCAACGCGUACAUGUAUGUGUACUUUGUAAUCUUCAUCAUAUUCGGCUCUUUCUUCACCUUGAAUCUCUUCAUUGGUGUCAUCAUCGAUAACUUCAACCAACAGAAGAAAAAGCUUGGAGGUCAGGACAUCUUCAUGACAGAGGAACAGAAAAAAUACUACAAUGCUAUGAAGAAACUGGGUUCGAAGAAGCCUCAGAAGCCAACCCCCAGGCCUGUGAAUAAAUUCCAGGGACUAAUCUUUGACCUGGUUACAAAGCAAGCCUUUGACAUUUUCAUCAUGUUCCUGAUCUGCCUCAAUAUGUUGACGAUGAUGGUGGAGACAGAUGACAUGGAUCAGUACAAGAAGAACAUACUCUUCAUCAUCAACAUGAUCUUCAUUGUGCUCUUCACUGCUGAGUCUGCUCUCAAAAUCAUCGCUCUUCGGCAAUAUUUCUUCACCAUCGGUUGGAACAUAUUUGAUUUUGUGGUGGUGAUCCUUUCCAUUAUCGGUAUCGUGCUGUCCGAUGUCAUCGAGAAGUACUUCGUGUCGCCAACGCUCUUCAGGGUCAUUCGGCUGGCACGGAUUGGGAGGAUUCUCCGUCUUAUCCGGGGGGCAAAGGGGAUAAGGACAUUGCUAUUCGCUUUGAUGAUGUCCCUGCCCGCCUUGUUUAACAUUGGCCUGCUCCUGUUCCUGGUCAUGUUCAUCUACGCCAUUUUCGGAAUGGCAAAUUUUGCCUACGUCAAGCAGGAAGAUGGCAUCGAUGACAUGUUCAACUUCCAGACUUUUGGGAACAGUAUGAUCUGCCUGUUCCAGAUUACCACCUCAGCGGGCUGGGAUGGGCUGCUGAGCCCCAUUCUCAACACCGACAGCCCGGACUGCGACCCCAAGAAGGAGAACCAAGGCACCAACGUGAGAGGGGACUGCGGGAACCAGUCGGUUGGCAUCGUCUUCUUUGUUAGCUACAUCAUCAUCUCCUUCCUGAUCGUGGUGAACAUGUACAUCGCCAUCAUCCUGGAGAACUUCAGCGUGGCCACAGAGGAGAGCUCGGAGCCUCUCAGCGAGGACGACUUCGAGAUGUUCUACGAGGUAUGGGAGAAGUUCGACUCGGAGGCCACGCAGUUCAUUGAGUACUCGGCCCUCUCGGAUUUCGCCGAUGCCCUCAAAGAGCCCUUGAGGGUGGCGAAGCCGAACAAGAUCAAGCUGAUUGCCAUGGACCUGCCCAUGGUGAGUGGGGACAGGAUCCACUGCCUGGACAUCCUCUUCGCCUUCACCAAGCGGGUACUGGGGGAGUCCGGGGAGAUGGAUGCUCUCAAGCUGCAGAUGGAGGAGAAAUUCAUGGCGGCCAACCCAUCGAAAAUCUCCUACGAGCCCAUCACCACCACCCUGAGGAGGAAGCAGGAGGAGGUGUCCGCCACGGUCAUCCAGCGGGCGUACAGACGGCACCUACUGCGGCGCUCGGUCAAACAGGCCUCGUUUAUGUACCGGCACAGAACCAGCGAGAUCAACACUGUGGUGGAAGAGGCCCCCGAGAAGGAAGGGCUCAUUGCGGCGAUGAUCAAGGAGCACUAUGGCCCUGAGCUGGAGAGGUCAGAGACAAUGUCCUCCUCCUCCUCCCCACCAUCUUACAACAGCGUGACCCGUGCAGUCAGUGACAGUGUCCAAGUGAAGGUCUUCGAGCCUGAGCCUGACCCAAGAGACCCAAAGAGAAUUCUCGAUAAAGACAGGGAGUCUUUAGUGUAAAGAGAAAGGCGAGCUCUCUGAGAUGUUCCUGUUUACACACAUACACACACACACACACACACACACACACACACACACACAUACACACAUACAAAAUAAAGCAAAAAGGAACAACACGCAAAGUCAUUUGUACCAGUUAGAUGCAGAAGAUUAAGAGAGAAGAUUAAAGAAAAAAGGCGAGGCGACUGUUUUGCUUCACAUCUUCAGCGACGAUUCAGAGUUCAGAGCACACGAUGUGACUGACCUUGGACCGUGGUCCUGACAGCUUUGCUUCAAGCUUCAAAUGAUAAGAGAGUUGAAGGGACCGCACACACAAAGUUGUGGCACUAACUUUACUGACCAUAGACAAGGCUGGGGGCAGAACUCAGCAACAUGAGGCUCCCACUAUUCACAAGCGAUAGUGACUGAUUGUACACAUUUAUUUGAAAUAUCAUUACGAUGGUGUGUCUCCUCCUGGUUAUGUAUCAUCUGCAUUCACAAUUAUCACAAGUUCUGUAGCAAAUGUAACACUUAUUGCAUAUGUUAUGGGUCUUUCAUAAAUUUAUUAUAAUAUUUGA